AACUCGCUCGGCGGUCACCUGACCUCCUCACAGCGAACGCCGACUCUGGAAGGCGGGAACACAGUCGGUUGACGUCAUGGGGAGGCGGCUGGGGCGAGCGUGCGUUGUGACUGUGGUUUCCCAUCGUGCCUUGCGCGCCUGGAGGUCGGCCAUCUUGUUCCGGCGGUGAGGCUGCGAGCCCGUCGUCUUUCUCUCCUCCCCCCCCGUCUGUUCCUGUCACACCCCGGCCUCUUCGUCGUCACCGUCGCUUCCUUCUAUCCUCGGGACAUGUCGCAGGUGACGCAGCGGCGGUAGCGGUGUCCCUAUCUCGGAGCAGGAUAGUGGGAGUCGCCCCUGAGACGUCGUGUGACCCCUCCUCUCCAGCGGCCUCUCCCCUCACAGACAGCAUGGACGCCGUUAACGCUUUCAACCAGGAGCUCUUUGCGCUCAUGGAUAUGAAACCUCCAAUUUCUCGAGCAAAAAUGAUUCUAAUAACUAAAGCAGCAAUUAAAGCCAUUAAGCUUUACAAACACGUGGUCCAGAUUGUAGAAAAGUUCAUCAAAAAGUGUAAACCAGAAUAUAAAGUACCAGGGUUAUAUGUCAUUGACUCUAUUGUUCGGCAAUCUCGCCAUCAGUUUGGAAUUGACAAAGAUGUAUUUGGCCCAAGAUUCACUAAGAACCUAACAGCGACUUUCCAGUGUUUGUAUCUUUGUCCAACAGAGGAUAAGAGUAAGAUUGUCCGGGUAUUGAACUUGUGGCAAAAAAAUGGAGUGUUUAAAAUUGAGAUCAUACAGCCAUUAUUGGAUAUGGCAGCAGGUGCUGCAGCUACUGAAUUAUUGGCGGACAGCUCUGCUAAUGAAGAAGGAGCUUCUCCCCCUCCUCCAACAUUGCCUUUGGACCCUCCGGAAGAGGCUCCUAGCUCUGUCCCAGCUGUGCCUGUUCCCCAGUUACCAAACUCUGAUGCUUUUGCUGCUGUAGCUCAGUUAUUUCAGAGCAGCCAGGGACAACAGCUUCAACAGAUUCUGCAGACUUUCCAGCAGCCCCCCAAACCACAGUCUCCAACUGUUGAUGAAAAUGUUUAUGCUCAAGUACAAGCAGUUUCUUCUCAAAUUAAUACAUCAUCACAUCAAACUGAGAGGAAAACUACUUUUGACAAGUUACUUGACAGAUUCGAUUAUGAUGAUGAGCCUGAAGCCACUGAUGAUACAAAGAAAGAGGCAUCAAGCCCCUCUGCUUCACCUGCUCAGCCUCCUUUUCAGUUCCCUGGGGAGGCCAUGCAGCCCCCAGCAUCGUUUGCACAAAUUCCAACCAUGGAUCACUUUCAAGCAGUGCAGCCACGGAUGAUGGGAAUGCCUCAGGAUCCUUUACUUAGUCAGGCUCCAGUUCCACCAACAGGACAGAUGCUUGGCUUUGGAAUGAUUCCACCUCAGUCGUACCCAACUAUGGUUCCUCCUGUACUUUCCCAAGUAUCUCCUCAAUCAUUUAUAUCAACUUUUUCAGCUCAACAAAAUGAUAUACAGACAGUGAAAGAGUCACAACAGGACACUCCUAUGGAUGUAGAAGAGCCUUCUGUCCAUGAAUCCAAACGUCACAUGUCUGAUCGUCAGAAGUCUGCAUCCAGAUCACCUAAAAGGCGCCGAUCUCGGUCUGGCUCACGUUCUCGUCGUUCUAGACAUAGACGUUCACGUUCUCGAUCUCGUGACAGACGGCGUCACUCCCCAAAAUCGCGCUCACAAGAAAAGCGUGACCGUGAAAAAGAAAGAGAGCGUAGAGUGAAAGGGCUUCCUCCUAUUAAAUCUGAAGCUGUCAGUGUUUGCAGUACUACACUAUGGGUUGGACAGCUGGACAAAAGAACUACUCAACAAGAUGUUGGUAGCCUGUUGGAAGAGUUUGGACCUAUUGAAUCAAUUAAUAUGAUCCCUCCACGAGGCUGCGCUUAUAUAGUAAUGGUAGAGAGGUUGGAUGCGUAUCGUGCUUUACACAAACUGAGCAGAGGAAAUUAUAAAGUUAACCUCAAGUCAAUAAAGAUUGCAUGGGCAUUGAACAAAGGAAUAAAAACGGAGUAUAAGCAGUAUUGGGAUGUUGAAAUAGGAGUUACCUACAUACCAUGGAAUAAAGUCAAACCUGAGGAUCUUGAGGCACUUUGUGAAGGAGGAAUGUUGGACAACGAAACUCUUAGUCCAGAAUGGAAAUCUUUUAUUAAAAAGGCGGAGAAUAAAGAUAAAUCUCAAAAUGGAGCAUCUGACAAUGCUCAGAGUGAAAACGUUUCAACAGUACCCCUGCCUGUACCUCCGCCUGUACCUCUGCUGUCUCUCCAGAUACGCCAACCGAUGCCAGCAGUGCCGGUUCAACUUCCUCAGCCCAUGCCCUCUGUCCCACCUCUUGCAACAGUUCCAACUCUUCCACCUAGUACUACAUUACCUUCCAUUCAAGGUUUGCCUCCUCCACAAGGUUUGCCUCCACUUCAAGGGGUUCCACCCCCACAAGGGUUGCAUAUGCCACCAUCAUUGCCACCAUUACAAGGAAUGCCUUUGCCUCAAGGAAUGCCUGUUCCAGGUUUCCCUGGGCCUAUAAAUAUACCUCCCCCAGGGUUUGCUCCAGGUGUUCCUCCACCACCAUUUAUGAGGCCAGGAUUUAAUCCAAUGCAGUUACCACCAGGAUUCCUACCUCCUCCAGGGAUGCCCCCUCCAAUGACUCCUCCAUUAUCUCUUCCUCCACCCAUAACUGGUUUAGGCAUCCCAACCUCUACAGCAGGUGCUUCAUCAAAUGAUUCGGAUGUGUCACAAGGAAAUACUAUGUCUCUUGGAUCUGGAAGAGAAAAUAUUGAAUCUGAUGACAAUGGAAAUGGAUUUGGGCCCAAUACACAAGGAGGGCCCAGUAAUGCUCCUGGGCCAUUGAACCCACAUCACGGCGCUUCGCAGGGUGGAGCUCCUCAGGGACCCCAGACAGGUGCUUCACCAGGCUCAACCUCGGGUCCUCCUGGUCCACACCAAGGGCCUCCAAACUCAUCUCAAGGUCCUCAGGGCCCUCCCCAGACUACUUCAGGUUCAUCGCAGGGAUCAACUCAAGGUCCUCCAGUUCAGUCCCAGUCUCCUCAGAGUGGUCCACCACAGGGGCCUUCAGCGGGGACACCACCAGGGCCCAUAAUUGGAUUACAGGGUCCAUCAACUGGUCUUCUGGGAGCAAGACCAGGGCUUAUACCACUGCAAAGACCACCUGGAGUACCCUCACCUCACAUGCAGAGGUUUCCUGGAAUGCCACAUAGACCAAUGCUGCCUCACAUGGCACCCAGAGGUCCUCCUCCGGGGCCAGGUGGCUUUGGAAUGCCACCACCACAUGGAAUGAGAGGUCCUUAUCCACCUCAGGGUCACUUUGGAAGGCAGGGAGGACACGGGGGGCCAGAAGAAGGCAGACCAUUUAGGGGCGAUAGACGAGGGUUUAAUCCUGAUAGAGGUGAGAGACAUGGGUUUAAUCCUGAUAGAGGUGAGAGACAUGGAUUUAAUCCUGAUAGAAAUGAAAGAGGUAGGUUUAAUCCUGAAACAGAAGAUGAUGGGUUUAAUCCCGAAAUGGAUGAGGGGCCUAUGUUUAAUCCAGAGAUGGAUGAGGGUGAAACAUUUGAGACUGAAAUGGAAGAAGAGCAAAGAUUCAAGCCAGACAGACCUGUGUUCAACCCGGUUAGGCAGGCUAUGCGCCCUGAGAGGCCAGGUUUUCAUCCUGAACGACAGGGCUUUAAUCCAGAAAGACCAGGCUUCCAUCCAGAUAGAAAUGAUCGUCAAGGUUUUGUUCCUGAAAGAGAGAGGUUUGGUGGUAGAAGGUCAUUUGGUAACCGCAAUGAGGAUGAGCGAGAACAUUUUGGUAGCCGAUUUGAUGAUCGUGAUCACGAGCGACCAGGGCGUGGUAGGAGAAACUGGAGCAGAGGAAGUCCUGACCGUGAUAGAAAUAGGGAUAGUGAGGAGAGAAAUAGGUGGCCAGGACCAGGAGGGCGAGAAAGGGAGCCUAGAAGAGUACUUCUUGAUUUCCCUGACAACCGAAAGCAAGGUAUCAAUGAGAAACACGAGCCUGUCAGUGGUAAACCUGAAAAUCCAGAGAAAGAGAAAGCUGAACCUAAAGAGCAGAAACCUGUUGAGGAGAAGGCCUCUGAGAAGACCUCUGAGAAGACCUCUGAGAAGACCUCUAAAACGUCACCAUCUUCUGAACCAGCAAAAAAGGAAGCUGGAUCUACAUAAGAAGCUGCACGCUUGGACUUAACUAGGGUUGGGUAGGGGUUAACUCUUGUGUAGAGCUUCAGAGUUGUACAAUAUGCUGUAAAAUAUUUGCUUCUGGUGUAUGGCAUCCUGUUAUAGGUUCUUGAGGAUUGUAAACUAAUUGUCUUUCCUUCUACUUAAAUGGUUACGAAAUGCUCCAAAAUGUUAUUAAAAAAGAAAAGAAAAAAAAAAAGCUUCCUAAGUUUUGCUGUAGCUUUUUAAAUGUCAUCUUUAAAAAGGUUACAGAUUUUUUUUUGUUUUAAUGGAGCAAGCACCUUUUAAGCUAUUGAAAACAUUAGGGGUGUGUUUUUAAUAAACUCUCUAUUUUCGUAACAAAUUUUGUGUGAUUCUUAGUUUUGGGUUAACAAAAAUAAAUUAUAAUGAAUCACCCAUUAUACAAAAACUAUUGGACCUCAUUCAUUGACACUGUCUAGCAGAAAAUCUGGCAUUCUUUCCCACAGCAGCUAAUGAGAUCAGCAAAAUAAUUGGAUUUUAAGUGUUGAACAAUUUUUAUUGGAAAGGAAUAUCUUGUCAGAAGGGAAUCUAUCAGCCCUAUAUGAUGCACAGAGCUGCAGAUCGCUAAUAGGAAGUUAAAUCAAAUUAUAUCUAUCUCUAAGAGUGUCUGUUUGCAAAGUUAUAAUUGCAUUUUCCUUUACAAGCUAAAGUGUCAUAGAGGCCGGGCUAAGCUGCAGCAUGCAUGCUUUCUCCCUCCCCCACCCCUUCUUGUUUGGCUUCCAGCACUAUGUUAAUCAGUUAAGGUAGGGAGGUGUGGCGGAGAGAGAAGUGUAUGCUGCAGCUUGACACCGCCUCUAUCACACUUGAGCUCUGAACUUGAUACACAGCUGACAGACUCCCUUUACUGAGAAUCUAUUACUUUUGAGGAAGCUUCUUAAAGCAUAUUACAUUAAUGGGGUUGCCUGGUGAAAGUUAUUUUAUCCUCUAUUCACAGGCUUAGAACACUGUGAACUGGACCUGGAUUUCAGUAAGAGCGCAUGCUGUCGACAGCACUCGCUCCAUUCAUUUGACGGCACAAGUUACAUUUUAUUUGUAUAUGCUUCUGUAUGGAUUGUAAAAAAAAAAAUGUCUUCUACUUGCUUACAAAAGCAAUUCUUACAAAAAGUUCCAACUUUUUAUUAAAGUGUACCUGGCAUUUGCAAAAAUGUUUUAUAUAAUGUAGAUAACAACAUAUGUAUAUUUGUAAUAUACAUUGGUUGAAACGUGUAUAUUUUUGGGUGAAAAAAAAUGUUUGCUUGUCCCUGCAGCUAUUGACUGUGUAUUGUCUGUGGGCUCUGCCCGCUGAGGACAGGCUGCGCGCUCUGCCCGCUGAGGACAGGCGGGGUUUUGCGCGCUGAUGUUCUGUGACCUGCUCCCGACUAACGCAGCAGGAUGAUUGACAAGCCAGGAGCCCACACAGAGCCCUGCUUGUCCCACCCUCAUUUCCUAUAUUUGGUCUCCUCACAAACACACAGGCAAUAGCUGCAGGGAAAGCAUUUUCCCCCACACAAAAUAUACACAUUUUUUUAACCAAUAUGUAUUACAAAUAUACAUAAUAACAGGUACACUUUAAAAAAAAAAUAAUAAUAAUUGCAAUUUGCAACAUAAAGGUCCGCAGUUCAAAGACAUGCAUGCAUGAAAGUAUGCAUGAAUACAAAGUUUUCUAUAAUCUACAAUACAAUAUCUUCCAACCUAUUAUCAGACUUUGUUAGUGCCAAAUUAUUGGGCAUUUUCUGUACUCCGGAAUAAUUGUUGGUAUAGAUCUUUACUUAAUAAUUUCAUGCGAAGUUAUAACUAAGGUUAUCCCAGUUCUGUUGGUUUAUUGCUGCACAAUAAUUGUAGUCACUUCUUAAAGGGGUACUCCGCCGCUCAGUGUUUGGAACAAAAUGUUCCGAACACAUUGAGAAGUUGCCGGGAGCUUGUGUUGUCAUAGCCCCGCCCCCUCAUGACAUCACGCGCUGCUUCCUCAAUGCAAGUCUAUGGGAGAGGGUGUGACGGCUGUCACCCCCCCUCCCAUAGACUUGCAUUGAGGGGGCGGGGCUAUGACAUCACAAGCUCCCGGCUCUAAGCGUUCGGAACAUUUUGUUCCAAACGCUGAGCAGCGGAGUACCCCUUUAAGUUUCCACCCAACUGCAGGACAUAAUGGUUUAUGUAAUGCCUUAAAAUCUCCUGGUUCCCGCUGAACGUCGUUCAGUUAUUUAAUCCAAAAAACAAUCUUCUUUACCGAUGUGUUUUCUUUGUUUAGAAAAAAGUUUAUUAUAUGAAUCUCACCUAAAUAUGACCUCAGAAAAUGAUAUGGACUGUUUUGUUUCCUUAUUAGAGGAUUUGAUUUCAUAUAAUAAAGCUUAUGGCAAACCGA